UUACCCAGUUAUUGCAAGUCAUAUAAAUACUUAAAAUAAGCCUUGAAAUAUUUGAUCUACGCCAUCCACUGACUUAUUUCAAAUUUUUAUUUUAUAAUGUAUUUAGUCUAUUAAGUUUUAAUUUCAAUUGUUAUUUUUGUUUGAAAUGUUUCACUAUGUCCAGAAUUUGCAAAUAUACGGUAGGCAAUCCAUCAAUUUCAACUUCAUCUUAUACUUCUUGCCAGACUCCUAGCUUGAGUUCGGCUCCCGAUUCUAACGACAUUCAAGAUUUACUUCUAAAACUAAGAAGUGGUUCGUUUAAAGAAAUUUACAAUAGUCUUGUAAAUUUGCGAAAAAAAUUCCUUAAGCAGCCUGAUGGUGUUAAGAAGCUGCUACAGAAUGGGGGUAUUAAAAUACUGUUGCAGUUUGUUGAAAAACCUAAGUUUUCUGACUUGGCACUAAGUAUUUUAGCAAACAGCUGUCUUGAUGAUGAAGUGAGACAGGAGGUUCUUUGCAGGGAUGGUAUCAAAACUGUUGCGCUGGUGUUUCGGUGUCUUGCUUCUGAAAGCAUUCAGAAUAGAGCUUGUAGGGCUUUAGCAAAUAUAGCUCUCAGCCCACAAGGUUGUAAUGCUGUUCAUGAACAGAAGGUUCUUCCUUUAGUGGUAAAACUUUUGACUUCAACCAAAAAUCCGGGAUGUCAACAGACAGCACUGAGAACUCUAAGAAUAUUAGGUAACACAGUUGAGCAUAGACAAGAAAUAAUCUGUCAAGAAGGUGUACUCCUUGCAGCUGACCUACUGUCAUCAGAAAACAAAGAUGUGGUUAUUGCCAGUGUCAAGACCUUAUCUUCUUUAACUAAGCAGUGCAGUGUAGAAUGUGCUCAACAGAUACAAGAAGGGCGAUCUUUGCCAGUCCUUGUAGAGAUGAGCACAUCUACAGAAAAACCAAUCCAAGAAGAUGCUCUCAUCAUUUUAGUGAAUUUAGCUGGACAGACAGCAAUACGUCCAGAAUUGGGGAAUGCUGGUGCUAUUCCUGUAUUUGUAGAACAAAUCAAGAGUUCAGAAAAUGAGAGGCCAGGAACAGCUGCACUUGUGACAGCUCUUUGCUACUGUUGUCGAGAGGCUAUCAACCGUGUUAGGAUUAGGGAUGCACAAGGAUUGAAGAUUCUACUGGAUAUUUUAAGAGAUACUCAGAAAAAACCUUUACAUUCACGAAUCAUCACUUCCCUCUUGGCUUUCCGAUAUGAUGAGGAAAGUUUGGAUGCUCUCUUGAAUCUAGACAUGCUCUCAGUGCUAGUGGAGCACAUGCAGCUCUUCAUUGAUGAACACAGAGGAGAUCAUAGAGUGAAAUCAAAACCUGAUUGCAAUAGUAAGAAGACCAAAGCUGAUGGAUUGGUAGGUGCUGUAGUAAAAGAUGAUGUUAAACAUUGUAACAGAGAGUCAAGCAGAACCCAACAAAUGGAAACAUCUUCUACAUUCAACUCAAAGCAUCAACAAAUAGUAGAGAUCUGCACAAAUUGUACCCAGAGUGCUGAAAGCAAAAAAAAGCAAAAUAGUCUUAACCACUUUGUUGACAUUGAUAAAUCAAGUGAUUCAGUCAUCAAAAGUAAUGAACCUAAAUGCACUGAGAUACAAUCUGAAAUCAAGUCAUCUCAGACCAAAGGUGAUGAAUUUCAAUCGUGUAUAGAUUCUUUUAUGUCUGUAGGUGAACAACGUUCUUCAUCGGCUAACUCUCUUGCGACUGAUCAUUUUGAACUCAUGCCAUCCAUAAAUGUUCUCAAGGCUGAAGGUGACAAAAAAGACUUUGAAGCAAUAGAGUAUGGGAGAAAUUUUAAGGAAUUUCUUAACCAGGAUGAUGAUAUUUUGGAUGAAGAAGUUGCAAGUAUGACACAAUCACUUCAGAAGUCUUCAUCUUCAUCAAGAGUGUUUUGUAUUCAUAGCCCAAGCUAUCAGCAGGUACAGAAUGAACUGGUGUUAGAUGAGAAUCAGAGUCUCAGUUAUGUUUACUCAAGGGAUUUUCUUAGUCCAAGCAGUGCAUUAAGCUACUGUUAUUCACCAGAUAGAUAUUCAGUGGAUUCAAACCUAUCACCAGUCAUGUACAGUCCACAACACUCCCAGUCAUCUGGUGUAUCACCAGGUACAACAUCACCCAUCUUUCAGUUUACAGACACUACAAGUGUGUGUUUUUCCCCAAAAGAUUUUGAUGUUUUGUAUUCUCCCCCUUCUUCUCCAGAGUCUCAGGGCUCCCCAGAUGGUUCGCUUGAUGUUUCUGUACCUUGCUAUUCUCCUGUAUGUGAAGAAUGUUUUUCAGACAGUGAAGAAGGUAAAGAAAAGAAUAAGGAUGGUUUAUCUUGUGCAGCUUCAGCAGAAUUGUGUACUACAGUAUUACAAAAAACUGAUUUUGGAGUUCCGUUGAAUAAAGGUAGACUGUCAUCCAAAGAAACUGCAGCUGAAAUGUGGAAACUUUCUUCUAAAAAAAGAAAAAGGUUUCAAAGACCUUGUUCAUCUACAAUUUCAUCUUCAACCCAUAAACAGGAAAAACGUAGCAGGCAUGAUUCAGCAGCUAGUGCAUCUACACAGCGCAGUGACGUAGAAGAUGAAAAAGAUAAUGAACACACUGUAGGUGGCAUUAUUUUACUUAUUUUCUCACAGCUCUCUCAGGUAGAGAAAUUCUGCCCUUGGCUAGCCACCUCCAAAGCAUGUGUUCAGGUACUAUUAAAUUACCUGACAUCUCUCUCUUUCCCUUCUCCCAGAGCUGAACGUAUCUUGUUAAGAUUAACAAGUAAUUAUCAAGGUUUUGAAAAACUUGUGGGUUUUGAAGUGGUGAUUAUGUUAUUAGAGCAGCUAGAAUUAAAACAUGACAUAAAGUUGUGUUGGAGCUGUCAAAGGUUAGAGAUGCUUCAAAAAAAACUUUUCAUCAAUUUAAGGAUGAUAGCUGAGUCAGAUUAUGGCAGAGGAGUGUUAUCUCAUGUUCUCUUAGUUGGGCAGCUUUUUGAAAAGAUCACACAUGUUAUAGCAAUUCCUCUUGUUGUUAGACGAAAGUCACUUCUUGAAAACCUGAUGAUAAAGUGCAAAGGACUGGAUGUAUUACUGGACGUUAUUCAAAAUCAAGACUCCCCACUCUUCCCUUCUUGUGUGAGAAGCCUCUCAAUGCUAUGCUGUAACCUGGGUGUUGAGUCACUGAAUGAUUCUCAAGGCAGUAGAUUAUCUUUUCCUUAUGCAAAAUGUAAAUAUGCUGCUGAAAGUUCAACUUCUGAUGUUUCUUUUGUGCUCAGUGAUGGUGCUGCUGUUAAAGCAAACCGUGAGAUACUUAGUAGAAACUCUGACUACUUUAGUGCUAUGCUUCAAGGAUCAUUUUUAGAGUCAACAAAGCACACACUCUUUCUCCCAGAUGUGCCCAGUGAUGCCCUGAUUUUGGUGUUUCAUUAUUUAUAUAACUGUGAUUGUCCAGCUCUGAAAAAAGGGUCAUUGGGAACAAUGUUGGAUACUCUAACUCUCUGUGACAGAUUGUUACUCACAGAUUUACAGAGACAAUUAGCAGAAGCUAUUCUCCAACAUCUGACCCCAGAAGAAACUUGUGAUAUUUAUUAUCAUUCCAAACAACACAACUGCAUUCCACUAAAAGAUGCAGCACUAAAGUUUGCUAUGGUAGGAAAGAUGACACAUGUGGAGCGUUGUUGCUGUUUGGCUGAGCUGCUGAAAUGUCCAGAUGAUGUUGUACCUGAUAUUCGUUCUCUAAUAAUUGGAUGCUUUCCUGAGAUCAAAGACCAAGGACAGUAAAGACUGUCCACAUUGCUAGAAUGUGUAUUUGACUAAUUUUUAAGAUAUUAAAACCAAGAAAAGGAAUAGCUGUCAAUUUUACAUUCAACUUUGUUUUUCUUUCUACAGGAAGCAAAAAAGGAAAUUUGUUGCAUAUUACGAGGAGGGACAGUUGAAUGUUUUAAAUUUUAUCCAUGAAUAAUUUAGUAUUAGACUCUAUUAAAAUCCCUGUCAAUCUACCAGCUUAUUUCAUGUAAAAAGUAAAUUGUUUCCUUCCUAACAGCUUUAUAUAAAAAAAAAUUGGACUGUAGGAAAAUUUCGUGUUUGAAAUAUAAACUGUGUAGUGUAGUACACCUGAUAUAAAUGUGAAAAUAUAUCUGUGGUACUUAUAUUUAGUAGUUAUGGUUCUCCUUGUCAGUUACAAAAAACUAACUGUGAAUAUACUUUCCAUUAGAUAAAUAGCUUUUAAGGUCCUGGAAUUGUGGGUAACACAUCGUAAGCUAGUUGUGAAGUUUCUUAGACCCUAAAAAUGUGGUUAAUGUCACACCCUCUAGUUAAUUAGUUUCUGGGGCCCUCUAUGGGUAAUGCAACAUUAACUUGUUAAUUAGCUUCUGAUAUCUUUCAUCAGUUAAUGCAUCAUUUGCUCAGUAACAUGUUUCUGAUAUCCUCCAGCUUGGGUUAAUUCACGAUUUACUAGUAAUCUAUUUUCUGAGGCCAUUCAACUGUGCAUAAUGUAUCUUUAUCUAUUUGAUUAGUUUCUGAAAUUCCCUGGUUUCUGAGGUCCUCCAACUGUAGAUAAUGUAUCAUUUGCUAGUUGAGUAGUUUCUGACAUCAUUCAGCUAAGGUUAAUUCAUAAUUUAUUAGUAGAGUAGCUUCUGAAGUCUUUAUACUGAGGGUAAUGCAUUUUCUGUGUGAUGACUAGUGUAUGAGGUUCUCAGCUAUGACUAAUCCAUGGUUGAUAAUUUUAUGAGGUGUCCUCUUGUUCUAGAUAAUACAUCACUUAUUAGUUGAUUUGUUUCUGAUGACCUUCAGCUGUGUUAUUUGCCAAUGCAUUGUCUGUUAGUUGACUAGACUUUUGGGUUAUUGCUACACCUUUUAGUUAACUAGAGUCUGAGGUUGUCUAGCUGAGUUUAUUGCAUUAACUGCUAAAUUACUAGUUUUUAAGUUUCUCUAGUUGUAGUCAGAGGUUCCUCAGAAGUAAUAAGUGGAUUAUCUGAUAACUGUAUAGUUUCAGAAGUGGUAUAGUAAUUGAUGCUUUUUUUAACAUGUCUGUGGUUCAUCAUCUAUAGUUCAUGUAAUAGUUGAUUCAUGACAAGUAUCUGAGGUAAGAUCCUCCAUUAAUGAUCUUUGCAUCUUAUAUAUACUGCAAACUGUCUGUCUCCUGUUUGACAAGCUGCAUACUCUGGCAAAGCUCAACAUUCACUUUUGAAAUGACUGGAGAACAGGCAUGGAUAAUGUUGAUUCCAAAUUUUAUUUCACAAGCAGGAUAUUCUAGACUAAAUUGUUAGGAAUUAAUCACACUAUCAUUCACAUUUCAAACUAUAACUGUAGAUUUAUUGUAUGUUGUAGCUGAGUAGUUCUUAGCAUGACUGAAAUGCUCAACAAUUACUUUUCUCGGUGGCUGGUAUGAGUGGCUCAGAGCUUUGGCUCUGAGUGAAACCAAGAGUGCAACACAGUUAACCUUUUUAAUGUCCAUGAAAUAAGUUAAAAUGAUAGAUUAACUUAAACUUUUCCUGUCACUGGGUAUGGGUACUUUUGCUUAUUAUCUCAUAGCUUACAAAUUUACAUGCCUCUAAUCUUUGCAUCAUCUUAGAAUUGAUCAGUUUCUGAAUAACUUCUUUUUUUGCAGGUUUUUGAAAAUUUUCUUUUGUAAAAGACUAAUAUGCAACGUUUAAGACCAAGAAUAUUUGGAAGUAUUUUGUAAUGGUCUUUACUAAAAAAUGACUGAAGUUUGAAUACAAAGGGAAAAGUAUUUUGCAAUUUGUCAGCAUUUCUACUCAUUUUAGGAUAGCUGACUAGCAUUUUUAAAAGCAAUAACUCAGUGAUAAUCCAGCAGCUAGGAGAUUACUUUCUUUUCUACUUGUUAACCAGUUUCUGCAUUUUAGAAAAUUGAUACUUAAUAAUAAUCAUUCUCAAUAAAGACCAAGUUUUCAAACUCUGGAAAAGGGUAAAGGAAGUUUUUAAUUUGAAUGUAUAUUUUUUAUUUAUUGUAACCUUGACUAUGCUAAAUUUAUGUGAGAACAGCUUUUGUGCAACUAGCAGUCGUAACGUUUGGACAGUGUCCUGUCUAACAUACAGCUUAAAACCCUCAUAAGUCCAUUGUCACUACCAAAACUGAUGUCACUAUUGUGACUACUACAAAGCCUGUGACUAUCUCUGACAUGGAACUACAUUAAUAGAUACAACACUGAUCACUUUAAUCUGGAUCUGAGUUUGUUGAUAAUACAGAAACCACACCUAGUUUUAAUAAGAGGUCAAUUUCAUAGAUAUCACAAAAACUUUGAUGUCCAUCAUAAAACUUACAGGUAGCCUGUAAUUAUUGUCAUAGCCAGGCCUGGCUUCAGCUCCUCUCCAUUUGGGAAGGCCAGUGGAGCUGUUGUUGACUCUUCUUAGCAAUUUGAAAAAAAUCAUACAAUUUUUAAAAAUUAAUAAUAUGGUUUUUAAACUGCUAUAGAAAAUGAACUUGAAUGGGCCAGAGUGAAGUUAUGGGGUGCAUGGCCCACCCCUAGUGCUGAUCCUGGUCAUAGUUUCCAUCUAAUACCUUAAAGGAAAUUUGAGGUUACUGCUUUAUAUUCCACUAAAGCCAUAGUUCUAGUUGGAGAUCGCUAUCGUGGCUACCAUUUAAUUUCUUAACUGUUGUAUGAAGUUACUGAUAAUAUUAUCAAAAGUUCAAAACUCUAAUUUGGGAUCGUUGUCUUAGGCUACCUUUAAACCCCAUAUCUCUAUCUCUAACAUUUCCAAAACCUGUAAUUCUAGUUUGAGAUCACCAUCAUAACUAACUGUAAUUCCAUUAACUGUCAAGAUAGAGCUCAUAAUUCUUUAUUUGAAAUUAGCUUAGAUACUUUUCAUCAAACUUUGUGGUUUCCACCAUAUUCCAGAACUGUGGUUGAUAUAAAGUGAAAGAAUCAUAUGGGUAGCAUAUUGGAAAUGUAAAACUUCAGUGAGUUUUUUCCACCAUGGUCUAGAACUGUGGUUGAAACAAGAUUGAGAGUUGUACGGGUAUUGUAUGGGAAAUGUAGAACUUUAGUUGGCUUGUCUCCACCGAAGUCUAGAAUUGUGGUUGAAACAAGGUAAGAGUUGUACGGGUAUUGUAUUGGAAAUUUAGAACUUUAGUCGGCUUGUCUCCACCGAAGUCUAGAACUGUGGUUGAAACAAGGUAAGAGUUGUACGGGUAUUGUAUUGGAAAUGUAGAACUUUAGUCAACUUGUCUCCACUGAAGUCAAGAACUGUGGUUGAAAAUGGUGAAAGAGUCGUAUGGAUAGUACAAUAGAAAUAUAGAACUUUAGUCAGCUUGAAUACAGUCUUUAAUGGUUGGAACAGAGUUGAUGAAUGAGAUGAAAACAAAGACAGAAUAAUAAUAAGUUAUUGGUAAGUCUAGGAUAACAUCUUACAUGACAUGUGCUUCAUCUGUAUAUUUGGAAAUGUAGCAUUAUUUUAUUUUUAUCUAGUUGAUACUGGUUUUAUUUUAUAAUUUCUUAACAAAUUAUUUUGUUUAAUUAUAUGAUUUACUGUUGGAAGAGUUUAUUAAAUGGGAUGAUUAUGGACAUCACUCUCAAUUUAAUAGUUUCUAUAACAAUAUUUCUUAUGAAUUGGCCUUUUUGCAAUUUUACUGAUUUAAGUUAUAUCUUUCUUUCAGUACAUUUCCAUUAGAAAAGUAAUACAGAUCAUCUUUUAGAACACUGUCUUUUUUGUUUGGUAUGUAACAGUUUGACAAUCAUAUAUUAUUGUGUUUAUAAUAAGUAAGUCACUUUUUUCUGCGUGUGUUUAUUACAGGUUGAGUACAUUAUAUUAAAACAAUCUUGAAUAUGUAAAUUGGCAAUUCACACGACAACCACAACAGUGUAAUGGCAUGUAUUGGAACUACAUUUUGAUUUUGAUGUUCAAGAGUAGUGUGGGAAGGUUAUGUAACAGCUCCUUCUGAUACAAAAUACUCAUGAACUCAGAUAAUAAAGAUUUACUCUGAUUGGCGAUUCAGAAUUUUCAAGAUGGGAAUAUUCCUUGUACUUGAUGGUGUUAGAAAACAAAAGAAUUUGGAUUAAUUUGGGACCCCAGGACCAUCCAAAAAGAGACCUGUAACAAGUCAUUACCCAGCUGUGGUAAAAAUGUGUUUUGUCUUGUCAAAAGUGAGAAUCUAUAACAAAACAAAAUUCAGUAACAGAAGCAGUCCACAUGUUUCAUGCAAGAAUAUGCAACAUAAUCAAAAAGGAUCUCUACCUGAAAAGCAACACAAAUUACAUGUAGUCAAGUUGCUUACACAGAAUAUCUAUUCAGUCAUUGCAUAUAUCAGUCAUCUGGAGAAUGAAAUGGGUAUUCAUGCUAGCCCUUACAAAGAUACAAUCAGUCUAUGGAUUUCUUAUAUUAGCUGGAUUAUGGAAAGCCAGCAGGGAGAAGGGAAGUUGUGCUUUUGACAUGACAGCCUUAUGAUGGAGCCAUUUGCAAUGGAAACUAUGGUGCAGGGCUAUUGUUAAGAUGCACAGUCAUCAGAUAAGAGUAUUACCAGACCUAACAACAAUUUAAGGUUCCAAAAUUGUUUUAAUAUAACCUACUCAACCUCUGUAAUACUUUUGGAUGUUUUUAUCACAGAGGAAGCAUAAUUUUAUGUAGUGUAAUAUACAUGUGUCACAAGUGUCAUGUAUAUGGUGACAGUGUUACAGAAUUAUAAUUUAUAUAACAUGUAAAUAUUACAGAGUAUUUGGUGACAUUGCUAUAGAAAUAGAAGAGGUUGCUGAAAAUAUAUGGAAAAUAGAGAAUUAAUAAUAUAGGAUGGUACUCUUUUUGAAAACAUAUGCAAAAUUGAAGUUCAUUUUCCAUAAAACACGUAAUCCCUUUUUGAAAUUGAGAAGACCUUGUCGGUAUGUCCCAGGCCAUACUAAACAACGUUACUGUUUUUGUGGAUGAUAUGUAUACUGUACCUAUAUCCUUGAUGCCUUUUUAUUAAUCAUGAAAAAAUUAACAAAAUAAACAUCCUCUUUAUAUGUA